AUGGUUGUCGUAGACCCUCCAGAUGAAGCGAAGAGCAAAGCCGACCACUACCUCCAGCUUGGUAUCAAGCAUCACGAGGCCAACCGUUUACAAGAGUCUGCUAUAUGUUUCGAGAAAAGUGCUAAAGAAGGUGGAGGAUGCGGAGUAGGGAUGUUGAUGUGGGGUUUAACUCUCCGACACGGUUGGGGUUGUAAGAAGGACGAAAAAGGCGGAUUUGUAUGGGUGAGGAGGGCAGCGGAAGGAGCUGUGGCGGAUCUGGAGAGAGCAAGGAUGAGUGGAGGUACGGGAGAUCUUGCGGAGAGGGGUGUGGUGAAGGCAGAGCUGGUCCUAGCAAUCUAUGAGGUGGGACAGUGCUUCUUCCAUGGCUGGGGUGUGGUGAAGGAUCAAAAGAUGGGAGUUAGCUAUUAUAGAGUAGCCGCACGUCUUGGGGAUGCUGACGCUCAGAACGAUCUCGGCUUCUGCCUCGCGAAUGGGAAGGGAUGUAAAAAGGAUCGCAAGGAGGCGGCGAAGUGGUAUCGGGCUGCUGUUGCCCAAGGGCAUAGCGAUAUAGGACUAGCGUGGAUUCAUAAGGAAAAAUUUCAAUGA